AUGUGCUUGUGGAAAAAUUGCGAUUUCUUCAUCUUAUCUAUUGUCGAGGGGUAUAACAACUUGAGAAAAACUGUGUAGUAAAGUGGACGGACUAUUUUGAUGACUUGGAUAUUGAAAAAAAUGGCUUUUUGUCACUUUUCAGACAAAAUUUAUAAUAUCGACUGUAGCUGGAGUUCUUACUUAAGGCAACAAGUGUAGUAUCAAUAUGAAAAGCAAACUAUAGAGAGUAAUCAAUUGAUGAAGUUAUUCACCCCAUUUCUCUUUCAAUCUAUUGAAACAGAACUUUAUAAGUGGAAUUCUUAGUUGAUGGAAAAUAAUUGGCGGGAAAGCAGAUUGCGGAAAUGCUUACGCAAGUAUAGCGGGUUGUUAUCGCAAAAUAUGCACUGAAAAACGUCACUUGUGCCAAAUCGUGACUUAUCAGGCAAUUUUGAGCACGUAAAAAAUUUAGCGAGAACGAGGAAUGUCGCCUGAUACUAAAUAUUUUUCCCUAUGAAUCAUGAACUUACUAUUCUCUACAAUCUCACAACAAAAUUAUGAAUAAGUCAUGAGAGCUUGUGCAAUACGGAAAAAAAAUAUCGUACAAAAAUAAAAUCAUUCAGAGAUAUUUUGCACAACCUCAAAAACAUACACACUUCAUCUUUUAUUAAUUUUUGCAAUGCUAGAAAAGUGACACAAAAAAUCCGUCACACUUCUCUAAGCAAGGACGAUGUAUUCCACGAAUCCAUUUAAAUUUUAAAGUAAUUGCAUAUUAGAGAAAAUCGCCUCAACUCUAUAACAAAGCCGCCCACGAAUUUUUGUGGCACUUCUUGUCAUUUCCAUCUGUUGUGUGUCUUUUGCGUGUGUAGUUAGUGGUUGAGAACCGCCCAAGAGGUGCAGAACAAUACCACAUUCUGAGAGGCAUACUAAACAUGUAAAACAGCCACAAGACAGCUUAACUGACAUUCGGUGAAUUGCAACAUCUACGAAACACUCAACGGAAAAAUAUGUCAGAUUUUCCGGAAGCUCAAUCACACGUGAGUCCAGAAAUGGCGGCAAUGUUAGAGAACAUGCAAAAGAAGAACGCCCUCACGACGGCUUCAUCGACUACAGCCAGGCAGAACCUUAUCAAUUCGAGCUCUAUCAAGGAAACUUCUUCAUCACUGUCAUCGUCGUCCACUUCAUCAUCGCAGCAGGUGGUUAACAGUAGCACUUCUUCGAGCAGUUCAUCGUCCACGACAACAUCUCGUGUGGCCAAGACAUCAUCGUCACAGCGCCUCCAUCACGUCACAUCGUCAUCAUCGACAUCAGAGAUGAAAGCCACUGCUCUCCAGCGAAAUCUCACCGAUUUUAAGAACUCCAUGACGGAGAUUAACAAUCUCGCCUCGAUGGGAAGGACAACACAGGCGUCCACGAUGAACCAAUUGAAGAGCAAAAUUCGGUCCUCUUUGGAGAAUCUUGUGGACAGUCGAGACGACCAACCUCUGGUCACCUUUCCUGACGGUGACAACUCAGACACUGACCUCCAACUUGACCUCUCGCCACCUCUUUCGUCCUCUGUGGCUGGAGAUUUGGCCACCACUACUGGCAGCAUGGAUACAGUGAAAUUUGAGCAGAAGAGCAUGACAUCGGCAUCCAAAACGAAAGUUGUGACUGAUGGCUUUAGCAGUGAGCAAGCUUCAACAAAUUCAGCCGAGAUGAAGCGCCUUCAAGCCGGUGAUCUGGAUUAUCAGGAGUCAAAGGCCGCUUCUGCCAUGAGAAAUCGUCUAGAAGUGGAUGGAGUUUCGGCUGAAGCGAAUGCGGCGAUGCUCAAAGAAGCCCGAUCGUUGAAAUCUGGGGAGUUACAACAACAGGAAUCCAACAGUGUGGCUGCAGCUUCUAUGAAAGUGCAGAGUGAUACAUUUACCGCCGAAAAGAAAGCCAUUUCGCAAGCUCAGCAGCGUCAGACUGUGACCUCCUCUGGAAUCUUCAAUCACGAGAAGCACGUGAGUUCCGCGAGUCAGUCGAAUUUCACCAUCACAAAGAAGGGUAUCUGUACUGGUGCUGCAAUGAUUUCCUCCUCUAGCCGAAAGACAAACGGCUUUGAGGACGAACACUUUGGUGGAUUCGAGGAUCUUGAGAGCCUGUGCUCAGGAAGUACUUCUAAAGAUGUGGAACGAGCCAUUUCCAAGUACUCAACUUGCUUGGACAAAUACGUUAAGAGUCUCCAGUUGACAGACCAUAAGAUGAAGGCCCCACCAGUGUUGGAUAAAAUCAAUGAUAUCAUCCGGAAAGCCUGGGCAGUGCCUACUCAUGGCCAUGAAUUGGGGUAUACACUGUGUAAUGAGCUCAGAUCGACGGGAGGGUUGGAUCUGUUGAUGCGCAAUUGCGUUGAGGGUGACAAAGACAUCCAGUUCUCCUCAGCGAGACUCCUGGAACAGUGCCUGACCACAGAGAAUCGUUCUCAUGUUGUGGAGAAUGGGCUCGAGAAGGUGGUCAAUGUGGCGUGCGUGUGCACAAAAGACACCAAGACAGAUCAUAGUCGUGUGGGCACGGGCAUCCUGGAGCACCUGUUCAAACACAGUGAGGGCACGUGCUCAGAUGUGAUCAGACUUGGUGGACUCGAUGCGGUGCUAUUUGAGUGCCGGAAGAACGACGUGGAGACUCUGCGCCACUGCGCUGGAGCUCUGGCCAAUCUGUCUUUGUACGGUGGAGCUGAGAACCAGGAAGCGAUGAUAAACCGAAAGGUGCCCAUGUGGCUCUUCCCGCUCGCUUUUCACGAUGACGAUAACAUCAAGUACUACGCUUGCCUGGCGAUCGCCGUACUUGUGGCCAACAAAGAGAUCGAAGCUGAGGUUCUCAAGUCAGGCACUCUGGAUCUCGUGGAACCCUUCGUGACUUCACACAAUCCCUCCGAAUUCGCCAAGUCUAAUCUCGCCCAUGCUCAUGGUCAGAGUAAACAUUGGCUACAACGUCUUGUUCCUGUUUUGAGCAGUAAACGCGAGGAAGCUCGCAAUCUGGCCGCCUUCCAUUUCUGUAUGGAGGCAGGAAUAAAAAAAGAGCAGGGUAACACUGAGAUAUUCCGAGAGAUUGGCGCCAUUGAACCCUUGAAGAAUGUAGCGUCCUGCCCAAAUGCUAUCGCUUCAAAAUUCGCAGCUCAAGCUCUGAGACUCAUCGGGGAAGAAGUGCCCCACAAACUCUCCCAACAAGUCCCCCUCUGGACCACCGAGGAUGUUCGCGAGUGGGUGAAACAAAUCGGUUUCGCAGACUACGAGAGGAACUUCUACGAGUCUCGAGUAGACGGUGAUUUGCUGUUGCAACUGAAUGAGGAGAACCUGAGAGAAGACAUUGGGAUCGUUAAUGGGAUUCAGAGAAAGAGAUUCAUGCGAGAGAUGCAGAACUUGAAGAAAAUGGCUGAUUACUCAUCUCGUGACUCUGCGAAUCUCAAUAAUCUUUUGCAGAGCAUCGGAAUGGAGUACAGCAUCUACACGUACUCAAUGUUGAAUGCUGGUGUUGAUAAGGAGUCUUUGAGACACCUCAAUGAUGAUCAAUUGAUAUCAGAAUGCGGUAUUACGAACUCCAUUCACCGCUUAAGGAUACUUAACAACAUCAAAGGGAUCGAGUCCUCAAUGUGCCUUUCUUCUGAGGAGAAUCUAGACAAGACCUUAGAUGUUUUCGUCAGCUACCGCCGGAGCAAUGGAUCUCAACUCGCCAGUCUUUUAAAGGUCCAUCUUCAGUUGCGCGGCUUUUCUGUAUUCAUUGACGUGGAGCGAUUAGAAGCGGGCAAGUUUGACAACAAUCUGUUGCAGAGCAUUCGUCAAGCUAAGCACUUUAUCCUGGUCUUAACCCCGCGCGCUCUGGAGCGUUGCGUUGAAGACACUGACUGCAAGGAUUGGGUACAUCGAGAGAUUGUGGCAGCUCUCAAUUCUAACUGCAACAUCAUCCCCAUCAUUGAUAACUUCUCAUGGCCGGAGCCUGAGCAAUUGCCUGAGGAUAUGAGGAGUGUUUGCCAUUUUAACGGUGUGCGCUGGAUUCAUGAUUAUCAGGAUGCUUGCGUGGACAAACUUGAGAGGUUCAUGCGAGGUGAAUUGAAUAUGAAGACAGACGGAUACCCAAUUAGAGGACCUUUGAGAGGCGACGGGACUCCUAGUACACCUAGUACUGCAUCCACUACUCGUCAGAAUCCGCCUAUUUACCAGAGAAUGCACAGCAAUGAUUCUAACAAGGGCGGGGAUAAUGGGCGGGUUUCGGAUUGACU